AUGGAUGCCUCCCAAGUAAUCGAAGCCCCAUACCCGGCUCGGCUCAAACACGAUACUGGCCCUAUAGAUGGAGUCCCUACCAAGGCCGGCGCUACGUUCUUUUUCGACAAGAUAAUCGUCACAUUGUCACAGGAAGGAAGAUUGUCCCAAUGGAUCCAAGUGCCGCUCUCGGCGCCGUCAUCAGCCAGCGUCGACAUGGCUCUGGUAAAUGACAGCCUGCUACCGAUGUCGCAUCUAACUCCCAAGACGCUACUAGGCGGUGGCGGGGAAGAGCGUGAGGCCCUCGGCCAGCUGUACGCCGUCCAGAUCGCGAGCUUCAUCCUGAGGAAAAACCCGGACGAACGCCGCACGCUGGUCGUCUCGCUCGGCUUCCCAACCCUCAAGCGCGACCGCGAGGUGUUCUUCGACCUGCUGGAGCUCGUCCAAAAAGUGCUAUGA